AUGACUAACAAUCAUGUAGAAAAUAAUUGCAUCGCCCACUUUCUGCGCCAGUCUGGCUCAGGUGAGGUAACCGGAAGGGUACACAUGCUGCUGUUAGCAGCCACAAAGAGGCUCACAAGUGACAUCAGAGAACUCAAUAAGGAGGUGCGGCCCCCACCCGAGAAGUUGGGCGCCCUGGAGCGCACCACUCGCAAAAUCAAGGAAAUUGUUGCAGCUGCAUUCAGUACGAGGCCACUUGACGUGGUUGAUUCCACUGAGAAACAUUCACGCGGAGUAGUUGACGUUUUGUGCCAUGGUAGUCACGUUUACAGCACGGCGCUCGCCGAUUCGGCUUUGGAUAUCACAGUCAUCACAAACGACAACCCCCGAGCACGUUACUACUGGCGAUCGCUGCGCGAUAACGUAGAGAGCAUGGAGACCGUUGAAAGCCUUUUAUUACUUCCUGUUAAGGGGACGGAAGCUGCGGCUCUGCAGCCGUACCCUGCCUCCCUCCCGGUGACACUGCCAUUGCUGGAGCGUACUGACAUGCUGCAGUAUUUAAGUACCGUCAUCUCAAAAUCAUCACUAUCGCGGGUUAGUAUAAAUCGUCAUUCGCACAACACGUUCGAGCGGAUUUGCCUUGGUGGCGCUGCGGAUGAAAUUGGCAUGAAUUUGACGGUUAAUCAGCGCGACUCCGUAGAGGCUUGUGGGGUUUUACGCCAGUUCUUGCGUAGCAACGAGCCGGUGCGGCAUGUGAUCAUUUUGAUGAAAGUAAUUCUGAAGCAGCUACAUAUACACUCUUCACAGCUCACCCCUUACGUCCUGACGUUGAUGGUUGUUGCAUUCUCCCGCCAUUGUGCUAAUGAGUAUCCGCUUUGCGGUUCGUUUCAUUACCCACACAGACGCAACAUGGUGGAAUCGGGGUACUUGCUACUUUCUUUUCUCAGCUUCUUUAGCCCGCCGCCACGUGGCCUGUUCACCCCCACAGACAUGCUUAUUGUUCCUAUGCAUCCUGACGGUAUCAUUAAGCGCUCGACGUGUGUGCCCGCCCCAUCACCUGGGGAAUGCGUUAAUAGUUGGAAAGUUAUGGAUCCCAUUUGUCACAAUCAAAACGUGGCCGCCUCUUGCAGUGCUAUCGAUCAGUGUCCCCUUUUUUUCGAACGUAUACUUAACCGCCUUCUAUGUGGUUAUUUGGAUGCGUCAGUGCUUCCUCUGCAACACGUUGAUGUGGAACUGGCGGAUGGGAGCAACAAGUGGGAGGCGAAUCAUUGCCAUUGGAUGAAUGCUUUUACAGGAUGUGGUCGCCCUCUCUUCGCGUUAUUAAAGGCGUGGAGAGCUCACAAGAAAACAGACCUCUCAUAG